AAGUUUAUUGGCUUGACGUGGAUUGCGCAAUCACGUCCCACCUCUUCAUUCACUGUUUCCGCAAAAACAAGCUGCACAGACCGAAUAAUCUUGUGUAAACGUAGUGGGCACACCAGCCAUCAUGCCAGUCAAGAAACAGUUGGACUUGGAAUCACUCGAGGCCUGGGUUCCUAAAUCUUCAGAUUCCAUUCCACCGGAUCGUGGACCACUUGAGCAUGUCUUCAUACAGAUGUUUUCCAUGAGGGAGAAAAUGGAAGCCAUGAUUUUAGGUGCGGCACCGAUGGGACAGGACCCACACAGCGAUGCACGCCAGACAAUUCUCUGUUUGGCUAAAAUGCUUGACCAGGAUGAGAGUAGUAAGACAACCCGAGGCAUCAUCAAUGCUGAUGAUCAAACUGAAGGGAUCGUUGUUGACGUGAUCGCUUUCAAGGGAAAGAAAGUCUGGACUCUAGGUGAUGAUGACAACGAACCGAUUGUGUUUGUUCGUUACGCCUACCACACUGCUGAUUUCCAGGAUGAUAUGAACAAUCCAGUCGAUACCUUUGCCGUUGUUCAAGCCAUUGGUAAGAGUAUGCCACCUCGGGGUGCUACGACGAUUACCUGUGCAAGCAGGGAGGAGAUGAGAAUCCUGAAGAAGUUCUUCGAAGAUAACGCCGGAAAGAUUUCGCCAAGUCUCAGAAACGAGAUUGAAGGAGGCAUCGAUAAAAUGUUGAUGCUCAUCCCAUUGUCUUAUACAAGUUAUUUGUGUCCACUUCCUAAACCUGAGGCAAAUAAGGAAAUGAAGUACUGUAAAGUGUGCGGCAGUGUUGCAAAGAAGGUCUGUACAAAGUGCAAGGUGGCACGUUACUGCAGUAAGGAAUGUCAAGUUCAGGAUUGGAGGAGUGGUCACAAGUGUGCAUGUAAACCGCCAGAGGAAGUGGCAUUGGAGGCAGCUGCUGCCUCUGCUACACCAGAUAAUGAUGCCAAAACCACUGAGAACCCGUGGGUGGAUUUUGACCCAAAGAAGACCCCAUCGAACGCAAAUUAUUUUUCUACAAUUUCUCACGAGAGUUCGGUGUCAAGCAUACAAAAAAACAUGAAAUCGAAGUUGAAGUGUUCACAAGAUAUGUUUGAAGGAAUCAAGACCGAUAAAAUGCUUACAGUCAAGGUGCAGAUUCCUACUGGUUCUCAUGCUGAUGACUUCGCCCCGAUUGUCAUUUAUCCACAGGGUAAAAAAUUCGCACUGUACGGUGUUCCUCAGAAUAUUGUCAAGGGUCGUGAUGAUUAUCGCCGAAUUCACAAUCUUGUUAAGUCACGCGGAUUCGACGGUGGUCUUGGUAUGGGUGGUGGUAAGAUCUAUCUUGAUGCUUAUGUCACAACUGAAGGGUUGCUGCGUGUUAUGCUAAAUGAUGUUAAACCCAUGCAGAAAUGGUAGAAACACUGAAAUAUCUCGUGUUGACAUAAGGAAAUCUUACAUCUUAUCCAUCUAAGUUGUUUUUCUCAGACAAAUAAAUCCAACAGAGGAACUGCCUCGUCCGGCGUUUGGCUUGUUAGUGAACACUUGUAUGCUUGUAAAUGAAAAAUGCGUUGACCACUGAUGUAAGAAGGAAGGUCAAUACAAAUAAACUUGAGAAAAGUUUAGUCCAUUUUCAAAAACUUUUCAGCCAAGUUGCUGUAGUUCUGCUAGUCUUCAACUAAACUCAGUUGAGAUAAUGUCCAAUGGGCAUACAGCUGAUGCAUUUACCUUGACUUAUUUGAUUUGAUAUUUGUGAUGGUGAGUGAGCUGCAUUUACUUUUAUUUGUAAUUUGUUUGAUAAUCAAAAUCUGUUGAAGACUUACUAAAAUCUUUUUUUUGCAUUGUAAUGACAAUCGAAUACGAUCUUGACUUUAUGCUUAGUAUUGAUUUUUGUAUAAGUUUUUAUUGUUGGACAAUCAGAGAUCGAUAAUGUCAUGACGGCCAAUAAUAAAUGUCACAUGUUUCAGCGCCAACAGUUCAUAUGUUCAGAUGCCCUUUGACAUAUAAUUACCCUAUUAGGCCUCGAGCUCAUCUUCCUGGGGAGCAUCACAUGUCAAAACUCAGAAGUUGCUUCGAGUUUGUAUUUUGAUUUUCGAGAUUUUAAUAUUUAGAUGUUGUUGUACAUGUAUGUAUAUUGUUGACUUGGCUCCAUCAGCCAUUAUUAAUCCUUCCACACGCUGUGCUCGGUAGAACCAUGCAUAAGCAAAUGUUGUCAUAUUGCCUUUGUACGGGAGUACCAGGAAUCUUGCUUUCAUUUAUUAAUAAACCAAAGAAAUCAA